GCACUGGUACAAAUCCAAUCCACACGUUUACAAGGAGACGUUGAAAAGCCACUCAAGCCAGUGUUUGAGUUUUGUAUUGCAAGCCCGCUGCAAGCUCACGUGAGACAUUUCGAGGACAAUUAUUGCGACUUGGGACCCAACAAUAAUCUCACUGUCCAUCAACAAACGCCUCCUCAUCUUUGAUUGCCUCCAUGCUCCUCCAGAGUCCAAUCGGCCCACCCAUCGGAACAAGUCAGUCACUUCUCCUUUGUGACCUGUAGAAUCCCAUCUCACUCCGUUUCCAUUUCAAUUCCCUAUCUUUACAGGUAACCUUCCGCUAUGUUCAACUUCUGAUAGAAAGAAAGAUCUUUCUCUGUAAAGGUUUAAAAGUUUUAGUUUUUUGAAUUAUGGGUACUGAUUCGGCUUUGAAUUCCACAAAUCCUACACAAAGACCUACUCAAGAAGAAGACUCACAUAACUCAUCCAAUCCUUCUCGGAAACACACCACCACCAUCAUCUUCAUCUCUCUCCUCCUCAUCACCUGCAUUGCUAUCUCUGCUGCCUCUGCCUUCGCUUUCCUCUUCUUCUUCUCUACUUCGUCUUCUUCUUCUUCUUCUUCUUCGCCUGCGCCUGCGCAGACAUCGUCUUCUAUCGAAACGACAUCCCGUGCGUUAAUCAAGCUCAAUCACCCUGUGGUUAUCUUGAUUUCUUCCGAUGGGUUCCGGUUCGGGUACCAAUUCAAGACUCCAACGCCCAAUAUUCACCGUUUGAUCGCCAACGGUACUGAGGCCGUGACGGGUUUGAUUCCAGUAUUUCCUACUGUUACUUUCCCUAAUCAUUACUCAAUUGUUACUGGGCUUUACCCUGCUUAUCAUGGCAUUAUCAACAACCGUUUUGUCGAUCCAAUCACCGGUGAAGUCUUUACUAUGAGAAGCCACGAGCCCAAGUGGUGGCUUGGUGAGCCACUCUGGGAGACUGUGGCCAAUCAUGGGUUAAGGGCUGCUACCUAUUUUUGGCCUGGGGCUGAGGUGCAUAAAGGUUCUUGGAAUUGCCCUGAAGGGUUUUGUAUGUUUUAUAAGGAGUCAGUUCCAUUUGAGGAACGGGUCGAUAAGAUUUUGAGCUAUUUUGAUUUGCCUAGCGCUGAAAUUCCUGUGUUUAUGACAUUGUAUUUUCAUGAUCCUGAUCAUCAGGGCCACCUGGUGGGACCUGAUGAUCCAGAGAUAACUGAAGCUGUUUCUGGAAUUGAUAAGAUGAUUGGGAGGUUGAUUAAUGGGCUAGAAAAGAGAGGGGUUUUUGAGGAUGUUCAUAUUAUUAUGGUGGGCGAUCAUGGCAUGGUUGGUACAUGUGAUAAGAAGUUGAUAUUUCUGGAUGAUUUGGCCCAUUGGAUCAAAAUUCCAGCUGAAUGGGUACAGUACUAUACUUCAAUGCUCUCAAUUCGCCCCCCUCCAGGUGUGUCACCAUCGAGCGUUGUGGGGAAGAUAAACGAAGGACUGCAGUCGGGAAAAGUUCAGAACGGAAAGCAUUUGAAAGUGUAUCUUAAGGAGGAGCUGCCUAGUAGGCUUCAUUAUUCGGUAAGUGACAGAAUUCCACCGAUAAUAGGGCUGGUUGAAGAGGGUUUUGAGGUGGAACAGAAGAGAUCAAAACAUCAAGAAUGUGGAGGAGCACAUGGCUAUGACAAUGCAUUUUUCUCCAUGAGGACGAUCUUCAUUGGUCAUGGACCGCAUUUUGCAAGGGGACGAAAGGUGCCAUCUUUUGAGAAUAUUCAGAUAUACAACUUGGUUACUUCAAUUCUCAAUAUUAAGGGUGCUCCCAAUAAUGGGUCUCUAUCAUUCCCAGGAUCUGUUCUUUUGCCUACUCCUUAGUAAGUAUCUCCUAACCAGUUCGAUAGUUGUCUCAUCUUCUCAAAUGAAUUGCAGUUGGGCUGGGCAAUUUUAUUGUGACGCCACAUGAGCAUAUAUUUCUCAAGAACGAUGUUUAUAGAUGUGUAUGUUAUGGUAGUGCAGAAGGUAAUUGAAUUAGUAUUGAUCCUUGCAAUUGUUGAUCAUACCCAGCGAUGUUAUCGCUUAGUUCAAGCAUUUCAUCUGUUUUGAGCUGCAGAUAAACGAGUGGAACCUGGUAUGUAAAAUUAUUGAAUGUGUACUUUUGUAGCCUGCUACUUUGGGCUUUGUUUAGCCAGAUUUAACAGCAAUUAAAGGACCCCUUUCCCUUUUUAGGGAUUUUCA